UUCACUCUCAUGUCAAUACAAGAAAGAGAAGAAGACCAAGAAAUUAAGCCAUGAGAAUCCAACAUCUCUUAACACUUCUCCUUUCAUUGCUCCUAGUUAUAUUCCCUAUUGCGUCUCAAAAUUUUGCUUGUGACAAGAAUAGUCCUCAAACAAAUGAUUAUUCUUUCUGUAACACAUCCCUUUCCUAUCAGGAUCGAGCCAAGGACCUCAUUUCGCGUUUAACUCUUCAAGAAAAGGUGCAACAACUAGUGAAUCAUGCAGCAGGAAUUCCGAGGCUAGGCAUUCCGGCCUAUGAGUGGUGGUCAGAGGCGCUUCAUGGAGUGUCAAAUGUUGGUUUUGGUGUACGGUUCAAUGGUACAGUCCCUGGUGCUACUAGCUUUCCUGCAGUGAUUUUGUCUGCAGCUAGUUUUAAUGAGACUUUGUGGUUAAAGAUGGGACAGGUUGUGUCAACUGAGGCUCGAGCCAUGCACAAUGUUGGUCUAGCAGGAUUGACAUAUUGGAGUCCUAAUGUUAAUGUGUUUAGGGACCCAAGAUGGGGUCGUGGUCAGGAAACACCAGGGGAAGAUCCCUUGGUGGUGUCAAGAUAUGCAGUGAAUUAUGUUAGGGGCUUGCAAGAAGUAGGUGAUGAAGGGAAUUCUACUGCUGAUAAACUUAAGGUCUCAAGCUGUUGCAAGCAUUAUACUGCUUAUGAUCUUGAUAAGUGGAAAGGUGUUGAUCGGUUUCACUUUGAUGCAAAGGUGACAAAACAGGACUUGGAGGACACGUAUCAGCCACCAUUUAGAAGCUGUGUAGAGGAGGCACAUGUCAGUAGUGUGAUGUGUUCAUAUAACAGGGUGAAUGGGAUUCCUACUUGUGCUGAUCCUGACCUGCUUAAAGGGAUAAUCAGAGGCGAAUGGAAUCUUGAUGGAUAUAUUGUCUCCGACUGUGACUCCAUUGAGGUUUACUAUGACAGCAUCAACUAUACAGCUACUCCUGAAGAUGCAGUGGCCCUUGCCUUAAAAGCAGGUUUGAACAUGAACUGUGGGGAAUUUUUGGGGAAGUAUACAGUGGAUGCAGUGAAAUUGAACAAAGUAGAAGAAUCUGUAGUAGAUCAGGCCUUAAUCUACAACUUCAUAGUCCUAAUGAGACUUGGUUUCUUUGACGGAGAUCCAAAGUCGCUCCUCUUUGGGAAUCUUGGACCAUCUGAUGUAUGUAGCGAUGGUCAUCAAAAGCUGGCACUUGAUGCUGCAAGGCAAGGAAUAGUCUUGUUAUACAACAAAGGAGCUCUACCUUUGUCUAAAAACAAUACCAGGAACUUAGCAGUUAUAGGACCCAAUGCCAAUGUCACUACAACAAUGAUAAGCAACUAUGCAGGUAUACCCUGCAAGUACACUACCCCUUUACAGGGCCUGCAAAAAUAUGUCUCGACAGUUACGUAUGCAGCUGGAUGUAAAUCGGUGAGUUGCAGUGAUGAUACACUUAUUGACGCGGCAACUCAGGCUGCAGCUGCAGCUGAUGCAGUGGUGUUGUUGGUGGGGCUUGAUCAGUCGAUAGAGAGAGAGGGAUUGGAUAGAGAGAACUUGACAUUGCCAGGAUUUCAAGAGAAACUUGUAGUGGAUGUUGUUAAUGCAACAAACGGAACAGUGGUUCUUGUUGUUAUGUCUUCUAGUCCUAUUGAUGUUUCUUUUGCAGUGAAUAAGAGCAAGAUUAAAGGGAUUUUGUGGGUUGGAUAUCCUGGUCAAGCAGGAGGAGAUGCCGUAGCUCAAGUCAUGUUUGGUGACUAUAAUCCAGCUGGCAGGUCCCCUUUUACAUGGUACCCACAAGAGUAUGCUCAUCAAGUGCCAAUGACAGACAUGAACAUGAGAGCAAAUUCAACUGCAAACUUUCCUGGAAGAACCUACAGGUUCUACGCUGGGAACACUUUAUACAAAUUUGGUCAUGGUCUGAGCUAUUCAACCUUCUCCAACUUCAUAAUAUCAGGUCCAUCAACUCUAUUACUCAAAACAAAUUCUGAUCUCAAACCAGAUAUCAUUCUCUCAACUCAUAACUCAACAGAAGAACACCCUUUUAUCAACAGCCAAGCCAUUGACAUUACUACACUGAACUGCACCAAUUCACUACUUAGCCUUAUCCUUGGAGUGAGAAACAACGGGCCAGUGAGUGGAGACCAUGUGGUGCUAGUGUUCUGGAAGCCACCUAACUCUUCAGAAGUGACGGGUGCAGCAAAUGUGCAAUUGGUUGGGUUCAGUAGAGUGGAGGUGAAUAGAGGGAAGACACAGAAUGUGACUCUGGAAAUAGAUGUGUGCAAAAGACUUAGUCUUGUGGACAGUGAAGGGAAAAGAAAGUUGGUGACAGGGCAACAUAUUUUUACUAUUGGGUCUGACACUGAACAUCAAGUGAGGCAUCAUCUUGAUGUUAGACUGGCUCAGAAUGGAUCAUUUGGAGGAGAAUUGAUGGAGGGUUUAAUCCCUUAUCUUCUCCAUGCAAUCAGGAAACAAAAGCCUCAAAACAGCUACAGGUCUUUCUCUGUAGGUUCAAGCCGUAGCUACCAUUUAUUGACAGGAGCUGACUCGUUUAGUGGCUCGUCUCAUCGGCGAACCAGGUCAGAAUUCCAGCCACCCACCAUGGAGCUGUUGGACCAGCGGCCGGGUCUUGAAUAUCUACGUUCAGGCAGCUUGAGGAAUCAUCGUCAGGUCACCUCUCCUAAGGCGGCUAGCGGAUCAAAGCUUGGUACUACUAGUUAUCCUCAGCAAAUGUCUGGGGAUCAUGUGAAGGCUAACAAUAAUGGCAUUUCUCAUCCCAGGCAGUAAAAAAGACUCAAAGAAAGAAAGAUUACUAGGAAUAGUGGUUUGUUUCGUGUUAAAUUCUUUAAUUAAUUUAACAGCUCCGGCUUCAACAGGAUUA